AAAAUACAGAAGCUUUGCUAAGCUAAGCUUAUCAACAGAGUAUUAGCUGGCUACAAGAUAACGUUAAUAGUAGCUUCUGUUGACGCUGUUAAUGCGGACGUUGGAUGAUGUGGAUAAUGUUCUACUUUUUGGAUUUGGGUUCGUAGGGGACUUUUUUUCCAUCCAAUUGUCUGUAUAACUAUCAAUUUUUAUAUCAGAUAAUGGCACCUUUAUUUUGGUUUAAUAAACGGAUUGCUAGCUAAGUUAGCUAUCACUGCCUGUAACACUGCGCUUCUGUUAUGGAAAUUACUUGUAUAGCUACAUUCUUGGCUACUGAGCUACAUGCGGCGACAUACUUUAUUUCUGUAAGAAUGGACAGGACCGCUUAGUACAAUUUAAGCGUUUGCUUUUUAAAUCAAGAUCAAAGGGUCACUAUAAACAAUGCUGUCUUUUAACAACUGACUAGCUAACUUAAAUAGCGUACACGGGCUAGCUUCUUAACGUUAGUUGCUGAGUUGCUUACUGCGAGCCGUGAUGAUUUGAUAUUUCUGGUUGGAACUUCUUGACUAGCCGGCUAAACGAUUGUACUGGGGCAGCAUUCUGCAUUGAGUUAACUAUCUAGAUAAAUGUUGUUUUACUUGGCUGUUAUUUUAGGUCAAGACUACAUGAUCUGUCAGCAAGAUAACAUUGGCUAAAACUAUUCCUUGUCAAAGGCCAGCGAAUAAGUUCUAGCAAGCUCGUGAACUAACGUUAGAUAGCAAACGAAAACAUGACGCUUUGGUCUAGUAUAAUCAACAUAUCUAGCUAGCUACUAGCUGAGCUCGCUAAUCUUGAGGUUGGUGUAGAAACAUCAAACGUCAUUUGUAUUGUUUUUCGUUACUAGCUAGCUAUUAUUCUGACUACCCGGUGUUGUCACUUAGCUAGUUGACGUUACAGCUCAUGUGAUCCAACUUCGCUUGCUGACAAGCUCUGGUAUAGGUAGCGGUAUCUAAUUCUUAUAUUUGUAUCUAACUUAUUAGCUAAAAUAUCUUGCUACAUUGGAAUCUUCCAUUUAUUCUGACAUAUCCAAGCUGCUGGGAUGAUUUAAGUUUGAUUCGGCUAGCUAACUUUUUCCCCAAAUUCGAAUCUUGUAUUUUUUUUUUUUUUUUUUAUACAAUCUCAUCGGAGCUCGAUAUAAGGACAAGAUGAACGGCCUAUCAGUCAGUGAGUUGUGCUGCCUGUUCUGUUGUCCCCCCUGUCCGAGCCGCAUUGCUGCCAAGCUGGCCUUCCUGCCACCAGAGCCCACUUACGCCCUUUUACCGGACCUAGAUUCCGUGCCUGUGGGCAGUACAGGUUUGGGGGCGCCGGGCCUUCGAUCCCGCAUUGGUGGGGCAGGCGGCGGCGGUGCGAGUGGAGGCGGGGAAGGAAGAUGGAAGCUACACCUGACGGAGCGCGCCGAGUUCCAAUACUCCCAGCGAGAGCUUGACGGCACCGAGGUGUUCUUUACCCGCUCCAGCCGCGGUAACCGAGUGGGCUGCAUGUACAUUCGCUGCGCUCCGAAUGCCAGGUUUACAGUCUUAUUCUCCCACGGCAACGCGGUAGACCUGGGCCAGAUGAGCAGCUUCUACAUCGGCCUGGGCUCCCGCAUCAACUGCAACAUCUUCUCCUACGACUACUCGGGCUACGGCGUGAGCACCGGCAAGCCCUCGGAGAAGAACCUGUACGCCGACAUCGACGCGGCCUGGCACGCCCUGCGCACACGAUAUGGCAUCAGCCCAGAGAACAUCAUCCUGUACGGUCAGAGCAUUGGCACCGUGCCUACCGUGGACCUGGCGUCGCGCUACGAGUGCGCGGCCGUGGUCCUGCAUUCCCCGUUGACCUCUGGCAUGCGAGUGGCCUUCCCCGACACCAAGAAAACAUACUGCUUCGACGCCUUCCCCAAUAUCGAGAAGGUGUCGAAGAUCACGUCCCCGGUGCUGAUCAUCCACGGGACAGAGGACGAGGUGAUCGACUUCUCUCACGGCCUGGCGCUGUUCGAGCGCUGCCCCAAGGCGGUGGAGCCCCUGUGGGUGGAGGGCGCGGGCCACAACGACAUCGAACUGUACAGCCAGUACCUGGAGCGUCUGCGACGCUUCAUCAGCCAGGACCUGGCGGCGCAACACCCCUGAGAGACAGACGCCUGGCCCCCGCUCCGCACCGCCCCCGCGCCACACUCAGAGACAACCUAUCCCGCUGCACCUGCCCCUCCGUCCGUCAGUCCGGCUGGCUCACCCGCAGAGCAGAGCCCACAGAAGCCGGCAGAGUCAUGGGACCUCCUGUCUGCCAGGGUCUGCGGAUCCUCCACUUGACUUUCCUUCAGGGUCUUGUUUGUCUGGGUUUCUGUCCAUCUCCCUGUCUGUCAGCCAGCCUGGGCCUGCGUGCGUCAGUCUGGCAGCCCCAUCACCUGUAUGUCUGUCUGUCUGUCUGCUGAUGUAUGAAUGUAUACGUGUCCGUAUGUCUGCAUUUCCCUUUGGUUUUUCCCCAAGCAGCAUGUGUCCCUUUGUCUCUGGUCUCUUACCUCCUGGGAUAGUGCAAGGAUUCAACUUGUUUUUCUACCUCCCAAGUCUGUAUAAUUUGGUGUGUAUGAUUUUGUUUGUUACGGUUUGUCCUCUGUCCUCCUCUGGAAAGGAUAGAGCAGAGCAGAGCACAGGUAUGCCCUCCAAACGCUCGCCUUUCGGUUGAUUGACCUCUGGCUUCUGUUGAGAACCCGCUCUCCCGUCUCCAGAAAGGAGCCCGGUGGCCCCAGUUGUUCAUUGAUGUUCUUUUCUUUUCUUUUUUUCUCUCCCCCUUUUUAAUGAGGGAACCAGCCAGGCACCUGUAGGUCGUUAAUCUCUCUCUGCUCUCUCUACCUCCUUCCCUCCGCGACCCCGCGCCCUCUCCUCUCAGAUAUACUGCAAAAAGCAGCGGCCUGUGAACUGAUUUGAGAUUAAUGGGCUGAGCCGACUGGAGGGUAACUGUGAGGGUAACCGCUGCUCAAGGCAGAGGGGACUCGCACUGCCAGAACAUGUGACCAUUCCGGCACAUUCCCCACACGGAGGGAGGAGCCUUCGGCACCUGGACCACCUCCUGUGUGGGUGAUGUGGAGGGGGUGG